AUGCUGUCCCUCUCCGCGGCUCCCCUGUCCUUCUCCGGCGCGCCGGUGCUGCGGCCGACCCGCAUGGGGCCCAGCCCGACCAUGGCGGUCGAGGACCUGGUUGGCGGCAUCAACGACCCGAUCUUCGGUGGCACACCCGAGGGCAAGGUGUGGGACCCGCUUGGCCUUGGCGCGGAUGAGGCGUCGCUGUACCGCCGCCGCUGCGUCGAGAUCAAGCACGGCCGCGUGUGCAUGGUCGCCUUCCUUGGCAUGACUCUCUUCCAGCCUACGCACCAGCUGCUGUCCCCGUCGCUCGGCCUCCACUUCGACGACAUCCCGGGCGGCAUCGCCGCGAUUGACUCGGUUCCGGCUGCGGGCUGGCUCCAAAUCAUUGCGCUCGUCGGCGUGCACGAGCUCACGAUUGCCAAGCAAGACUACACCAAGGAGCCCGGCGAGAUCCCAACCUUCCUCGGCUUCAAGUCGGAGGACCCGGAGGUGUUUCGCAACAAGCAGCUGAAGGAGCUCAAGAACGGCCGCCUCGCGAUGAUCGCCGUGCUCGGCGAGCUCAUGGCGCAGAAGGUGUCCGGCAUGGGCACCUACGAGCAGCUCGGCCUUAUCGUCAAGGACGGCGCCGCCCUCGCGGGCGUUGAGCUGCCUUUCUAG